AGUAGGACCGGAAGUUGUUAGGGGGAUGGGGACGGCUGUAAUGGGGGGGAAUAUUUGGGGGGGCAAGUCCCUUCUCAGGUGAAGCUGCUGAUGGACAUGGAGCCGCCGCCGCCGCCACCGCCUCUGAGCGCCCGGGUCCUGGCUCCGGCCCGGCGAUUGCCGCCGCCUCAGUGACCUCACUCCCCCCGCACUGGGCCGCCCGGGCCAGAGUGGGGGACCCCUGCCGCCCCGCCUCCCUUUCCCCCAACACCGUCCCCUCUCCCCGACCCUUCACAGCCUGCGCACGCGGAGACGCCUCAGUCUACAUGGGGAGGACAGAGAAGCACAAAGAACAAGAGAAAAGAUGCAUCCAUCUGAGAUCUAAAAGGAGAAAAUGAGCAGAAUCUCUUUAAAAUGGACAUAGAAGACUGCAAUGGCCGCUCCUAUAUGUCUGACUUCUUGAGGGAUAGAGGAAGGGAAUAGGAGGAGAAUAUGAGUGGACAUCAUUAGAAGAAUGAUUUGAAGCAAAUAUAUGGAAAGAAAAUAUGGUUCCUUCUCCUAUGCUCUGAAGUCACCAGCCAAACAUGAAAUUCUGUUCUAUCCAGAUAGAGUGGCACAAGGUUUUAGACCUCAAAGACCUGCAAGGGCCAGGACCAAUGAAGGAAUUAUUGGCAUGCACUAAAGGAGAUAGCAAGAUGGGUCAGAAACACAUAUGAGAGUCAUUGGCAACACCCGGGUAAUGUAAGCUGGAGAGGGAUCCCUCAGGAGGGUGUGUUCCGGAUUUCUUGCCUCAGGCCCAAGACUCCAACCAUUUUAUAAUGGAAUCUUUAUUUUGUGAAAGUAGCGGGGACUCAUCUCUGGAGAAGGAGUUCCUUGGGGCCCCAGUGGGGCCCUCGGUGAGCACCCCCAACAGCCAGCACUCUUCUCCCAGCCGCUCACUCAGUGCCAACUCCAUCAAGGUGGAGAUGUACAGCGAUGAGGAGUCGAGCAGACUGCUGGGGCCAGAUGAGCGGCUCCUGGAAAAGGACGACAGUGUGAUUGUGGAAGACUCAUUGUCUGAGCCCUUGGGCUACUGUGAUGGGAGUGGGCCAGAGCCUCAUUCUCCUGGGGGCAUCCGGCUGCCUAAUGGCAAGCUCAAGUGUGACGUCUGCGGCAUGGUCUGCAUUGGACCCAAUGUACUCAUGGUGCACAAGCGCAGCCACACUGGUGAAAGGCCCUUCCACUGCAACCAGUGUGGUGCCUCCUUCACCCAGAAGGGGAACCUGCUGCGCCACAUCAAGCUUCACUCUGGGGAGAAGCCCUUUAAAUGUCCCUUCUGCAACUAUGCCUGCCGCCGGCGUGAUGCACUCACUGGCCACCUCCGCACACACUCAGUCUCAUCUCCCACAGUGGGCAAGCCCUACAAGUGUAACUACUGUGGCCGGAGCUACAAACAGCAGAGUACCCUGGAGGAGCACAAGGAGCGGUGCCAUAACUACCUACAGAGUCUCAGCACUGAAGCCCAAGCUUUGGCUGGCCAGCCAGGUGACGAGAUACGUGACCUGGAGAUGGUGCCAGACUCCAUGCUGCACUCAUCCUCUGAGCGGCCAACUUUCAUUGAUCGUCUGGCCAACAGCCUCACCAAACGCAAGCGUUCCACACCCCAGAAGUUUGUAGGCGAAAAGCAGAUGCGCUUCAGCCUCUCAGACCUCCCCUAUGAUGUGAACUCGGGUGGCUAUGAAAAGGAUGUGGAGUUGGUGGCACACCACAGCCUAGAGCCUGGCUUUGGAGGUUCCCUGGCCUUUGUGGGCGCAGAGCAUCUGCGUCCCCUCCGCCUUCCACCCACCAAUUGCAUCUCAGAACUCACACCUGUCAUCAGCUCUGUCUACACCCAGAUGCAGCCCCUCCCUGGUCGACUGGAGCUUCCAGGAUCCCGAGAAGCAGGUGAGGGACCUGAGGACCUGGCUGAUGGAGGUUCCCUCCUCUACCGGGCCCGAGGCCCCCUGACCGACCCUGGGGCAUCCCCCAGCAAUGGCUGCCAGGACUCCACAGACACAGAAAGCAACCACGAAGAUCGGGUUGCGGGGGUGGUAUCCCUGCCUCAGGGUCCCCCACCCCAGCCACCUCCCACCAUUGUGGUGGGCCGGCACAGUCCUGCCUACGCCAAAGAGGACCCCAAGCCACAGGAGGGGUUACUGCGGGGCACCCCAGGCCCCUCCAAGGAAGUGCUUCGGGUGGUGGGAGAGAGUGGUGAGCCUGUGAAGGCCUUCAAGUGUGAGCACUGCCGUAUCCUCUUCCUGGACCACGUCAUGUUCACUAUCCACAUGGGCUGCCAUGGCUUCAGAGACCCUUUUGAGUGCAACAUCUGUGGUUAUCACAGCCAGGACCGGUACGAAUUCUCCUCCCACAUUGUCCGUGGGGAGCAUAAAGUGGGCUAGCAACCUCUUCCUCUCUCCUCAGUCCACCAUUCCACUACCCUGCCUGUAGGCAUCUAUCCCUGUCCCCACCAUUUCCCAAGGAGUUUUCCUUUGUAGCCCCCACUACUGGCUACCUGACCUCACACCUGACCCUGAUCGCUCCUCACCUAUUCUCCUCCUCUAUCCUGACCGAUUUAAGCAUUGUGAUGAAACAGGUCUUUUACUUAUGUUUUUCCUUUUUCUCUUCUCUUAUCCCAGCAUACAGAGUUAUUUAUUAAUUAGUUGAUUUUUUUGCCUUUUUUUUUUUUUUUUUUUUUUUUUUUUUUUUUUUUUUUUUUUUUUUUUUUUUUUUUUUUUUUACUUAUAUCAGUUGCUUGCCACUCCCCCACCCUCCUGCCCACAGCUCCUUUCCACUUUAAGCCAAUUUUUCUCUUAGAUCUUCCAGCAGCCCCAGGGGUAGGAAGCUCCUCUUAGUACUAAGAUAUUUCAAUUCUUCUUGCUUUAAGUCCUCACCUUUUACAUUACCUAAUCCUUCAGUUUUGAUGCUGAUACCUCCCCCUGGUCCUACCUUAGCUCUGUGGCAUUAUGUCUCCUCUCUGGGACUCUUCAACCUGGUACUCCAUACCUCUUGUGCCCUCUCACUUUAGGCAGCUUGCACUAUUCUUGAAUGAAUGAAGAAUUAUUUCCUCAUUUGGAAGUAGGAGGGGCUGAAGAAAUUCUCCCCAGGCACUGUGGGACUGAGGGUCCUCUUGACGUUCCUCUAGUAAUACGAGUUCUCAAAGCCUACAUUCAGGAUCUCCCUCUAGGGUGUGAUAGAUCUGGUCCCUCUCCUUGAACAACCCUCCACACUGCUCUAGUCCCUUCAACCUAUGGGUCUAUUCAGUGGUGGCUUUUCUCUCCUUGGAGUGCCCCAAUUUUAUAUUCUCAGGGGCCAAGGCCAGGUCUGCAACCCUCUGUCUCUGACACAUUGGGAGCCACAGGUGCCUAAUUAGGAACCAGGACAUGGGAAAGGGGUGGGUCAAAAUUCUUCUCUUUCUCCUUCACCCCUCAAACUUCUUCACUAGUGACCUUCCUAGGCUCUCAGGGGCCCCUCCAGUCCCCAUCCUAUGAGAAACUAGUGGGUUGCUGCCUGAUGACAAGGGGUUGUCUCCGCCCCUCAGUCAUGCUGCCUUCUGCUGCUCCCUCCCAGCAGGAUUCACCCUCUCAUUCCCGGGCUCCUGGGCCCUGUUCUUAGGAUCAGUGGCAGGGAGAAACGGGUAUCUCUUUUCUCUCUUCUAAUUUUCAGUAUAACCAAAAAUUAUCCCAGGAUGAGCAUGGGCAUGUGCCCUUCACCCCAUUCCACCCUUGUUCCAGCAAGAAUGGGAUGGGUACAACUGAACUGGGGUCAUCCUUUACUGUCCCCUUCUGCACUCAGCUCCCAGACACAGGGUAGAGGGGGUACUCCUCCUGGCUACUGCAGAGACCCCUGGCUAUUUGAGUAACCUAGGAUUAGUGAGAAGGGGCAGAAGGAGAUACAACCCCACUGCAAAUGGAGGUCUCUUCCUACAAGAGUUUUCUGCCCGAGGCCACAGCCAUCCCACUCUCUGCUUCCUUGAGAUUCAAACCAAAGCCUGUUUUUCUAUGUUUAAAGAAAAAAAAAAAAAGUAAAAACCAAACACAACACCUCACAAGUUGUAACUCUUGGUCCUUCUCUCUCUCCUUUUCUCUUUCCUUCCUUCCCCUUUCAUCUUUCUUUCCACAUGUCCUUUCCUAUUGGCUCUUUUGCCUCCUACUUUUCUCACUCCCUAUCAGGGAUAUUUUAGGGGGGAUGGUAAAGGGUGGGCUAAGGAACAGACCCUGGGAUUGGGGCUCCUAAGGGCUCUGAAAGGAGUCUACCUUACCUUCUUAUGGGAAGAGAGACCCUAAAAAACUUUCUCCUCUUUGUCCUCCUUUUUCUCCCCGACUAUGAGGUUUCCCCAAGAGAACCAGAUUGGCAGGGAGAAGCAUUGUGGGGUGAUUGUUCCUCCUUGACAAUGUAGCAAUAAAUAGAUGCUGCCAAGGGCAGAGAAUGGGGAGGUUAGCUCAGAGGAGAGUGGUCUCUAGAGAAAGGAAGAAUCCUCAACAGCACCCAGGGGUGCUAGCUCCUUUUUAGAAUGUCAGCAGAGCUGAGAUUAGUUUCUGGGCUUUUCCUGAACUAUUCUGGUUAUUGAGCCCCUUCCUGUUAGAUCUACCCGUCCCACCUCUUCUGUGUCUGCUGUGUAUUUGGUGACACUUCAUAAGGACAAGUCCCUUCUGGGGUAUCAGAGCCUUAGGGUUCCUCCAUCCCCUUCCCCAGUCAGCUGUGGCACCUGUAACCUCCCGGAACAUGAAGGACUAUGCUCUGAGGCUGUACUCUGUGCCCAUGAGAGCAGAGACUGGAAGGGCAAGACCAGGUGCUAAGGAGGGGAGAGGGGGCAUCCUGUCUCUCUCCAGACCAUCACUGCACUUUAACCAGGGUCUUAGGUACAAAAUCCUACUUUUCAGAGCCUUCCAGCUCUGGAACCUCAAACAUCCUCAUGCUCUCUCCCAGCUCCUUUUGCAUAAAAAAAAAAGUAAAGAAAAAGAAAAAAAAAUACACACUGAAACCCACAUGGAGAAAAGAGGUGUUUCCUUUUAUAUUGCUAUUCAAAAUCAAUACCACAAACAAAAAACUUUCUAAAUAGACACUUUUCCAGACCUUUUUUUUUUGUGUCAGUGUCCAAGCUGCAGAUAGGAUUUUGUAAUACUUCUGGCAGCUUCUUUCCUUGUGUACAUAAUAUAUAUAUAUAAUAUAUAUAUUUUUAAUCAGAAAUUAUGAAGAACAAAAAGAAAAAAUAAACACAGAAGCAAGUGCAAUACCACCUCUCUUCUCUCUCUCCUAGGGUUUCCUUUGUAGCCUAUGUUUGGUGUCUCUUUUGACCUUUACCCCUUCACCUCCUCCUCUCUUCUUCUGAUUUCCCUUCCCCCCCUUUUUUAAAGAGUUUUUCUCCUUUCUCAAGGGGAGUUAAACUAGCUUUUGAGACUUAUUGCAAAGCAUUUUGUAUAUGUAAUAUAUUGUAAGUAAAUAUUUGUGUAACGGAGAUAUACUACUGUAAGUUUUGUACUGUACUGGCUGAAAGUCUGUUAUAAAUAAACAUGAGUAAUUUAACACC